AUGGUGCCUAGCAUGGCCUGCAAGGGUCUUAGGCGGCCCUUCCGGCCCGGCACCUGGACAUCCUCACCCCUGAAGGUACCCUCCAAAGCAUCCUGGGAAGCCAGGAGGAAGGCAGCACUGUCAGCCGCCCAGGUUUUGGGCGUAGACACAACCUGGGACACAGAACCCCCGGCCAAGAAAGCCCGGUCAGCAGUCCCGACCCCACAGCAGCCGCCAGUGACAGCAGGCGACAUCCAGCAGCCAGCAGAGCCUGAUGCACUGCCAGAGGAGUCCCAGAAGGGCUGCAGUGGACUGUCGGCGCUGCCAAAAGAGCACACUGCUUCAGAGUGCCACACUGCGCCGACCCAGCAGGAAGCCCCAAGCGUGCUUGCAGUGUCAGCGGUGCAGCAGCCGUGCCUGCGCGUAGAGAAUUUGCUCGUCCGCCAUGAGCGCCUGGGCCUUGUGCCGCCGCCAAGCAGCAGAAUGGGUGCACUGCUGCAGCCUCCGCCGGAGCUCAAGGCUUCAUGCAUGGCGUGCAUGUUGAUAUUAGCCCAUGCCACAGAGUAA